ACCAGUAGUUAGGCCGCUCUGUUAUGCCCCUGACUUCCUUUGUUUCCCAAGUCAUCUGUCCCAUUAAAACUGAAGAACACCUCUGCUUUUCCAGAUAUUGCAGUAGACGCCCUCUCUUCCAAGAUGAUCAGAAUUGCAGUGCCAAUUGUCUGCCUUUUGCUGCUUUUCACUUGUGCGGCUGCAUAUGAUCCAUUGGAUCCCACCGGAAACAUUACAAUCAAAUGGGACAUUGUAUCUUGGACAGCCGACGGGUACACGGCAGUUGUAACAUUGAACAACUUCCAGCUAUACAGACACAUAAUGAAUCCAGGGUGGACAAUGGGCUGGACGUGGGCGAAGAAAGAAGUGAUAUGGGCGAUGAACGGAGCACAGGCAACAGAGCAAGGCGACUGCUCCAAGUUCAAAGGCAACAUCCCCCACAGCUGCAAGAAAACCCCCACGGUGGUGGACUUGCUCCCCGGAGUGCCUUACAACCAGCAGUUUACGAACUGCUGCAAAGGCGGUGUGGUCGCGGCGUGGGGGCAGGAUCCAUCGGCGGCGGUUUCCCAGUUCCAGAUCAGCGUUGGGCAGGCGGGGACGUCGAACAAGACCGUGAAAGUACCCAAGAACUUCACCUUGCUUGGUCCUGGACCUGGCUACACUUGCGGCCCUGCUAAGGUUGUGCCUUCCACUAAGUUCCUCACUCCUGAUCUCCGCAGGAAAACUCAGGCACUCAUGACUUGGAACGUCACUUGUACAUACUCUCAGUUUCUAGCAAGGAAGCAUCCAAGUUGUUGUGUGUCCCUAUCGUCCUUCUACAAUGACACCAUCACCCCUUGCCCCUCUUGUGCUUGUGGCUGUGAAAAUAAACACACAUGCGUCAAUAACGACGCGAAGAUUCUGAGCAUGGCCGGGAUCCACAAGCCAAGAAAGGACAACACCUCAUUGUUACAGUGCACGCACCAUAUGUGCCCAGUUCGAGUCCAUUGGCACGUCAAGACCAACUACAAGGAGUACUGGCGUGUAAAAGUUUCGGUCACCAACUUCAACUACCGAAUGAAUUACACACUGUGGACUCUGGUCGUCCAGCACCCCAAUCUCAACAAUGUCACCCAAGUCUUCAGCUUCGAUUACAAGCCUCUGGUUCCCUAUGAAUCCAUCAAUGACACGGGGAUGUUCUAUGGGAUGAAGUUCUUCAACGACGUGCUAAUGGAAGCAGGGCCACUAGGGAAUGUGCAGUCAGAGCUCCUACUACAGAAGGAUGCAAACACCUUCAGCUUGCGGCAAGGGUGGGCGUUUCCUCGAAAGGUCUACUUUAAUGGAGAUGAAUGUAUUCUACCCUCUCCGGAUUCAUAUCCUUUCCUGCCAAACUCUGGUCGUAAAUCUCAUUUCUUGGCUCUGUGGAGCACUUUGAUUCCUGGUUUGGUGUUGAUGUUGUUAUGCUCCGGCUAAUGUUGCGCUCUAGAGCUUGAUGGGAUUGGGAGAUAAGUGAGAAAGAGAUGUUAAGACAUUUUGACAACACAGUUUAUGAGCAUAUGCACACUUAUGUAUAGUUAGUAGAAAUUCUUUCAUAGAGAAAUGAGGAAGUAUUGGAGUUACCAAGUUGGAGCAUUAUACUGAACAAUUUGUAUGUAUACGAACAUCCAAUUUUGGAUGUUCGUUUUCCUAUAUGUUAGGAUAUGUAUCCAUUUCUUGUUUAUAUACAAAAAAAAUUAUUUAAGAAUAAUAAAGCCAAAAUUAUUCA